AUGUCACAAAAAGCGAUUAUAGUCGAUCCACAGGGCACGGGGCGUUUGGUGACCGAUGCGCCUAUCCCUAGAUUACGCGAUGACUAUAUUCUCGCAGAGACCCGAGCGAUCGCUUUGAAUCCAACGGACUAUCACCACAUGACCAUGCUCUCAGAACCCGGUGCCACUCUUGGCUGUGACUGGUCUGGUGUUAUCCUUGAGACAGGAAAGAAUAUAACGCGCUUCAAGCCCGGCGAAGAAGUAUUCGGGGUUUGUCAUGGAGGAAAUAAUGACGAGCACGAAGACGGCGCCUUCGCACAAGUCGUUGCGUGCAAGGAGAUCGCGACCAUCCACAAACCAAAAGGGCUUUCCUUCGAGGAAGCCGCCACGUUUGGAGCCGGCCUAGCUACCUGUGCCCAGGUACUUUAUUAUUGCAUGAGACUGCCUUUUCCUUCGCCGGGGGAAAUCGAACAGACAUCCCGGGAGGCCAUGCUCGUGUAUGGAGGCAGUUCCGCGACAGGCACCUUGCUGAUUCAGCUGGCGACAUUAUCCGGUUUCCGCGUUUACACGACCUGCUCGGCCUCGAAUUUCGACCUGGUCAAAUCCAGAGGUGCCGAUUAUGCCUUCGACUACAACGACGCAAGCUGCGAGACACAGUUGUCCGAAACCAUCAGGACGAAUGGGGACUCUUUCAAAUACAUCGUCGACUGCAUCGGCCACGAUGAAACCGCGUCGUUCUGCGCCAAAUUCAUCUCCACGGAGGGCCGUGGUGGGCACUACCACUCCGUCAAAGCGCCGUUGCCGGAGGUGUUCAAGAAACUCAGACCGGAGGCGAACGUCCAGGCGACCACGGCGCUCGCAUAUACUCUGCUGGGAGAGGAGUUUCAUUUACCUGGAAUGCCACCAUUUCCGGCGGAUUUGGAGCAAGCCGCGUUCGCCAAGCAAUGGCAGAAUGUGGCUGAACCGCUGGUGCUGAAAGGGUUGUUGAAGCCACAUCCUCCGCUCGUGUUGCAGGGUGGACUAGAGGCGGUGCCGACGGCCAUCGUGGACGUUGGACAGGGGAAAGUUAGGGCGAAGAAGGCGGUGUUUUCGCUGCAGUAA